UCUGAGGAUCUUUGAAACAAAGAGCAUGUUGUUAAUAGCCAUUUACCAGAGAAGAGUAACAGUCUAUCAGGCCGUGAGGGAAUUGCUGACUGCCAUAGUGGGAGGUCUCCUGAGCCUGGAAAACACCCUGUACCCUGAUAACUCUUUUGUAUCUGUUAGCAAGGCUCAGGGCAUCAAUGUUUCCUUUCCAAUGUUGCCAAUGAGCAUCUCUGUGUCUCUUUGUCCCAGGCCUCAAGGCUGGCUGAGUAGCUGGCUGCCGGCUUGGCGCCCCACUUCGAUGUCUCAAUUGAAGAAUGUGGAAGCCAAGAUCCUCCAGUGUCUCCAGAACAAGUUCCUGGCCCGGUACGUGUCGCUCCCAAACCAGAACAAGAUCUGGACGGUGACCGUGAGCCCCGAGCUCAGGGAUCGCACCCCCUUGGUGAUGGUGCAUGGCUUUGGGGGUGGCGUGGGCCUCUGGAUCCUCAACAUGGAUUCACUGAGUGCCCGCCGCACACUGCACACUUUUGAUCUGCUUGGCUUCGGGAGAAGCUCCAGGCCAACAUUUCCGAGGGACCCGGAAGGGGCCGAGAAUGAGUUUGUGAUCUCAAUAGAGACGUGGCGGGAGACCAUGGGGAUCCCCAGCAUGAUCCUCCUGGGACACAGUUUGGGAGGAUUCCUGGCCACUUCUUACUCGAUCAAGUACCCUGAAAGAGUUAAACACCUCAUCCUGGUGGACCCAUGGGGCUUUCCCCUCCGACCGACUGACCCCAGUGAGAUCCGUGCACCCCCAACCUGGUUCAAGGCUGUGGCCUCUGUCCUAGGGCGUUCCAACCCACUGGCUGUUCUUCGAAUAGCUGGGCCCUGGGGGCCUGGCUUGGUGCAGCGAUUCCGACCAGACUUCAAGCGCAAGUUUGCAGACUUCUUUGAAGAUGAUACUAUAUCAGAGUAUAUCUACCACUGCAACGCACAAAACCCCAGUGGUGAGACGGCCUUCAAAGCCAUGAUGGAGUCCUUCGGCUGGGCCCGGCGCCCCAUGAUAGAACGAAUUCACUUGAUUCGAAAAGAUGUGCCCAUCACCAUGAUCUAUGGGUCCAACACCUGGAUAGACACCAGCACAGGGAAAAAGGUGAAGCUGCAGCGGCCGGAUUCCUAUGUCCGAGACAUGGAAAUCGAGGGCGCUUCGCACCACGUCUAUGCAGACCAGCCACACAUCUUCAAUGCUGUGGUGGAAGAGAUCUGUGACUCGGUUGAUUGAGCUGCUCUCACUAGAGGAAGCGGAAGAAAGCCAGAGAGUCGCUCUCACCUCCCUGGCUGCUUACUCACCCUCUGUCCUUUCCUCACCAACUAACAUGUGCCAGCCAGUCAGAGUCUUGGGCUGUUCCCAAGGCAAGAACACAGUGAAGAGUACUCCUGACCCCAAGCCAAGGGCUGGAGGCAGAAGCCACAACGAGGCCUUGAGCUCCCCACCCCCGGGGAAGAACAUAAAGGGUCACUUAGUGCCACCCCAUUCUCUCCA